GCUCAUCUCUAGUUGUCACAUCGCUGAAAAUAUUGUAAGAAUUAUAGUGAUAAACUGUCAGCCAUAUCUGAUCUGAUCUAUGGCGGUGCUUUUCAACCAGGGCGCCUCCAGCUGUUGCACAACUACAACUCCCAGCAUGUCAGGACAGCCAUUGGCGACCAUUGAUCUCUGUAAAGGAAUUCUCUGCUCUUCCUGCUGUGGACACCAGAUGGCGCUGCAGGGACACUGACUGACAAGCGACAACUGCCGCCUCCUAUAUAUAAUCUGCUCGGGUCACCUGACAGUUAGAAGCUUCUCAUCACUAGAGGCGCAGCUAUUAUGUCUAUUAUAUUGUGGCCGCCAUGUUGGCUGUGUCUGAACAUGAGUUAAACUAAGCGUUUGGUCUCCGCAAAGAUGGCCGCCGGCUGCUGUUUUGGGGACACUUGCGAUCAGGUUUUUAUCUUGGGUCUAUAUAUCCUGACAGGCUACGGAGAAGGAGUCUCAGGUUGCGGACAAUGUCGGGGGCCCCCUCUCCAGACGCGGUGACCCUGUUCCAGCAGGAGCCCGGCGGUGUCACCUAUCGUAUCCCGGCUCUGCUGUACGUCCCACAGCCUCGCAUCUUCUUGGCCUUCGCCGAAAAGCGAUCUUCUCCCAAUGACCAGGACGCCAUGUAUCUCGUGAUGAGGAGAGGAGCGGUGGGGCCCGGCGGGGUGCAGUGGGAACCCACCAUAGCGGUGAGACAUGCCAAGCUACCGGGCCACCGGACCAUGAACCCCUGCCCCCUCUACGAUCCCGUCACCGACACCGUCCUCCUCUUCUUCAUCUGUGUCAAAACGGACUGCUCCGAAAUGUGGCAAAUCCUAACCGGCAGAAACGCCGUCCGCAUCUGCUACAUCACCAGCCGCGAUCACGGCAUGUCGUGGGGUCGACUGGAAGACGUGACGGAGGAGGUGCUGGGCCCGGACCUCCGCAACUGCGCCACCUUGGCCGUGGGCCCGGGUCACGGGGUGUACUACUCGCCCUCGGGGUGGCUGGUCGUACCGGCAUACCUGUAUUACGUCCACUCCCGUAUUUGCGGUGUGCCCGUCCCGUGGAAGACCAAGCCUCAUUCUUUUUUCUUCUACAGCGACGACCACGGCGAGAGCUGGCACAUGGGCAGCGGGCUAUGGAGGCAGGAGACCGGCGAGUGCGAGGUAGCCCCGGUGGUGUGUAGCAAUGGCUCCGACCUCCUGUACUGCAGCGCCAGAACCGGCCACCAUUACCGGGUGGAGGCCACCAGCAGCUCCCACUCCAUAGAGUUCGAUGAUGCCCACUACAAUAAAAGCCUAUGCGAGCCGCCCCAUGGAUGCCAAGGAAGUGUGGUGAGCUACCAGCCCAUGGCGGUCCACCAAGAAGAAGACGCGGGACGUGAGUCCGAGAUGUUGUGCCUUGAGGGAAGGGCCCCGUCUUGGCUCCUCUACUCCCACCCGACCAGCAGCCACAAACGCCUGGACUUGGGAAUCUACUUAAAUAAAUCUCCUCUUGUGCCGUCCAACUGGUCCCUGCCGUGGGUCAUCAACCAAGGCCCCAGUGGGUACUCGGACUUGGCGGUGUGCCAGGACACUCACACCUUUGCCUGUUUGUUCGAAUGCGGAAAAGACACCACCGAGAAGAUCGCCUUCCGGAGGUUCACGGUGGAGGAGCUUCUGAUCAAUUCCUCCAAACCCUAAAAAAAUUUGAAAAAGCAAACAAACGGACAUAGAGCGCCCACUUUGUGAAUUCCUCCAGACGCUGAAGCCUACGAAAGUUGUGAACAUCACUCAUCAAACGUGGGUUUGGAUCAACACACAUGAAUGUAGUAUUAUACAGAUUGAUCCACUCACAGCUGCUGCUUCUCCUCCCAAAAACUAUUCAAAAAUCAACUCUCCACCUUCUAGAUACGAGAAAGACGCUGACAGGAUCCGAUAAAGUUAAACAGAUAAAUAAAAAUGUAUUCGCUUAAAAAUGUAAAAAAAAAAUGCAACACGUUUCCGAACCGCACUGACUCCUUCUUCAGGUGCCAUGUUUCGAAGAAAAAAAAAACAUGAUACAAAGAUACAAAUACCCUCAUAUCACCGGGAGAUGAUUAUAUCUAAUAAUACCACACCCAGAAAAUUAUUAUAUCAAUACGGAAAAAAAAAUAUUAAUAUAUAUCAAUUCAUAAUUUAUUUAUUUAUUUUAAUUUUAUUUAUAUCAGUAUUACAUUUUAU